AUGGCUUCAAACACCCCUCCUGCCUACUCAGAGCAAGGCACUCAACCAUCGGACGGAAAUGCGCCGCCAACAUAUAACGAUUCCACCGGUGUUUUGGACGUGAGUCAAGAUGGAUUCAGCACCCAGACCCAAGUGCGAGAUGACGGACGUGUCGAUAUACAUAUAAACGAAACCGAUGCGGCGCUUGCGAAUCAGAUUAAACGGAUUCGACUAGAUGCCCAACAGGAGGCUCAGACCCCAACCCCUCCACUCACGACAUAUGCCGCUGCCUCAUCCUCUGACGCCCCUCCACCAUUAAAUAUCGUGAUACACGUUGUUGGAUCGCGAGGAGAUGUGCAACCUUUUGUUGCCCUGGGGAUAGAGCUCAAGAAUAAAUACAACCACCGUGUGCGGCUAGCUACACAUGGGACGUUCAAGAAGUUCGUUGAGGAGAAUGGAUUAGAGUUUUUCAAUAUUGGUGGUGACCCCGCCGAAUUGAUGGCGUUUAUGGUCAAGAAUCCAGGCCUUGUACCAGGGAUGGAGUCGCUGAAGGCUGGGGAUGUGGGGAAGAGGCGUAAGGGCAUGGCUGAGAUUCUCCAGGGGUGCUGGAAAUCUUGUGCUGAUGCUGAUGAGAUUAAAGAAGAUGAUGACACAACGCCCCGGGUGAACCCGUUUAUUGCAAAUGCUAUCAUUGCAAAUCCGCCGAGUUUUGCGCAUAUUCAUUGUGCAGAGAAAUUGGGGAUUCCAUUGCAUUUGAUGUUCACUAUGCCCUGGUCACCAACGCAGGAUUUCCCUCAUCCUAUCGCGAACAUCAAAUCUUCCAAUGCUAGUGGAAGUAUGGCUAACGAGCUGACCUACACAUUAGUUGACAUGAUGACCUGGCAAGGACUGGGCGACAUCAUCAACAAGUUCAGGGAAGAGACUCUGAAUUUGGUAACCCUCUCACAAGCGGCGGCUACCACUGUGCUUCACCGACUGCAAAUACCGUAUACGUACUGUUGGUCUCCAGCACUGAUUCCCAAACCCAAAGAUUGGGGCCGCUACAUCAGCAUUUCCGGUUUCUACUUCCUUUCUCUGGCGUCCAACUACCAACCUGCCACCGAUCUUGCCGACUUCCUGGCCGCUGGUCCCCCACCUGUCUACAUCGGCUUUGGCUCAAUCGUCGUCGACGAUCCCAAUGCCAUGACGAAACUAAUCUUCGAAGCCGUCAAAAAGACAGGGCAACGAGCUUUGGUUUCGAAAGGUUGGGGUGGUUUGGGCGGGGAUGAGUUAGAUAAACCUGAGGGUGUCUUCAUGCUCGGCAACUGUCCACACGACUGGCUCUUCAAACACGUGUCCUGUGUUGUUCAUCACGGUGGAGCAGGGACAACAGCGGCAGGCAUUGCUCUAGGCCGUCCCACUGUCAUUGUUCCUUUCUUUGGCGACCAGCCUUUCUGGGGAGCAAUGGUGGCACGUGCAGGUGCUGGCCCUGCCCCCGUGCCUUAUAAGGACCUCACGGCGGACAAGCUUGCUGAGGCCAUUCUUGUUGCUCUGAAACCUGAAACACUUGAACGAGCAAAGCAGCUCGGAGAGCGCAUCCGCGAGGAAAAUGGGUGUGAAUCCGGUGCAGCUAGCUUUCACGAGCAGCUGCAUAUUCCUAGACUGCGCUGUAUGAUGGCUCCAAACCGAGUAGCUGUCUGGCAGAUCGCCACCAAAGGAUCGAAGACCGACGACAUCAAGUUAAGCGCCUUCGCAGCGGCCGUUCUAGGGGAAGAAGGCAUUCUGGAUGUCAAUCAAUUGAAAUUGUAUCGACCCUGCGAAUAUCCGACCGCAGAACAUUUCAUGGUUGCGAACUCGACUGGAGCCAACCCCAUCCUUGGGACUCUGGGUUCAAUUGCCUCUGGUAUACUGCACUGGCCGGUUAAUGUCGCCAAGUCAAAAGCAGCGAUUGUCUAUGAACCAUACAAAGGCGCCAAAAAGGACGGCUGGAAAGGCUUCGGCAAAGGACUCGGGAAGGGUGCCUUCAACUUCUUCUUUCCAACCCGAGGCCUGGUGAUAAGCGGUAAAGCGUACGGCAUGCGUGCUCUUUAUGCCUCUAUCAGGAGGAAGCUGAGUUCGGAUACGCUGAGUUUCAUUCUUGCAGUGCACUUUGCCGAAGGGUUUGAAGAGGCGAAAAAUGCGACGGCGGAGCAGAGGCAGGAUGUGUUAAGACAGUGGCAGCAGCUAGGACUGGUGUUGAAGAAGGAGCAGACUGGGAGCAGUUCAAGCUCGGGGUACAGCUUGACACCUACGAGUACAGGGACGAGUUCGACAAGUGCAGCAACGGAUCGAAGGAGAGAUAAAUCGUUGCCGUCUACUCCUUCAGGUUGA